GGCCUGCUGGGGAGCGGUAGUCCCGCGCGGCACGUGCGCGGGGAGCGGGGCCGCGGCCGGGUGGUGGCCGCCAUGCCCAAGGCGCGGGCGGGGAAGCGGCCGCGGCAGGAGCGCCGGGAGGGCCGCGCUACCGGCAUCCGCUUCAACACCGGGGCCGGCCAGCACAUCCUGAAGAACCCCCUCGUCGUCAACAGCAUCAUCGAGAAGGCUGCCCUGCGACGCACCGAUGUCAUUCUGGAAGUAGGCCCGGGAACCGGGAACAUGACGGUAAAAAUGUUAGAGAAAGUAAAAAAAGUUAUUGCUUGUGAAAUUGACCCUAGGCUUGUUGGGGAACUUCAGAAGAGAGUCCAGGGCACGUGUCUGGCAAACAAACUUGAAAUCAAGGUUGGAGAUGUCUUGAAAACAGAGUUGCCAUUUUUUGAUGCAUGUGUGGCUAACUUGCCUUACCAGAUUUCUUCACCUUUUGUUUUCAAGCUGUUGCUUCAUAGACCUUUUUUCAGGUGUGCGAUACUCAUGUUUCAAAGGGAAUUUGCACUUCGUUUGGUUGCAAAACCAGGAACUAAACUGUACUGCAGACUCUCCAUUAAUACUCAGUUAUUAGCUCGAGUGGACCAUCUGAUGAAGGUUGGAAAGAACAACUUCAGGCCUCCUCCCAAAGUUGAAUCCAGUGUUGUCAGAAUAGAACCAAAGAACCCACCACCACCUAUCAACUUCCAGGAGUGGGAUGGUCUGGUAAGGAUAGCCUUUGUUAGGAAAAACAAGACACUCUCUGCAGCAUUUAAGUCAAGUGCUGUGGAGCAGUUGCUGGAUCAUAAUUACCGAAUUCAUUGUUCCUUACAUAAUACAGAAAUACCUGAAAACUUCAAAAUUGCAGAGAAAAUACAGAUGGUCCUAAAAAAUACAGGUUACUCUGAAAAACGAGCCCGUUCAAUGGAUAUAGAUGAUUUCAUUAGACUGCUGCAUGGCUUCAAUUCAGAAGGCAUCCAUUUCUCAUAGAUUCUACUAGAAGAAUAAAAGAUGUUCUGUAUUUUGUCACAGAAGUCUUACCUAAGCCAGAGUGACUGCAACAGGACAAGCUCUUCUCACAAAAGCCAUGAACAGAAUAGAGUGCGCGCACUCUCGUUCUUAUUAAAGCCUUACGUGCAAUUUUAUCACAGGUAGUAGGCAAGAAGCUGCUGCUCUGUAUUUUAAAAGCGAUAAAUUCUUUCAUGACUGAAGCAAAGUGCUGGACUCCCAUGUGACAGUGUAUUUUUAACUACAUCAGAUAACAUGGAUUGAUGCUGCCGUAAUUGAAAUCUGCAUUCUCUGAUCAUGGACUUCAUCUCAGUAUAUUCUUGCACAGUCCUCAACAGUACAACCUGUAAGCCUGGUAUGGGCAACAAAACCAGAGUUGCAGUCGUUCCAUUUGUUCGGGAUUUUGUUGUUUGUUUUAAAGUGUAUUUAAACACUUUGUUUUGAUUUGGAAUGCCUGUCUCUUCCAUUCGUUCUCUGGUAGCUACCCACAUUCCAGGUCUGUUAGUACUCGUGGAGAAAUCCCAGUAACUGUUUCUCAGAAACAAGAGCAUUUAUCUUGUGGGCUUGGUAUCAUUUACAAUAAUGUUAUUGAGGUACCUGAAACUACCAGUGUCAUCUCCUUUACCCCCUCCUUACUGCCAUCAAACCACUGUAGGAACCAGCAGAAAACUACCAAAGGACAAGUGCUCAUAUGCACAGACAGAAGGUGGGUUUUGUCAAGUGUAAAUUCAAGCAGCUAUUUUUAUAAGAAAACUAAUUCAGCCUUCAAGGCAAGCAGGAGUUUUAGCAUAGAUCAAAGCUUUCAGUGAGUCUUAGAGCAAUGCAUGCCUGUGUCCUGACAGAAAGACUUACUGAAGUGUCUUAAUAUAGUUUGGAUUAUAUGUAUUUGUUAUUAAGGACAAGGCAAAGUUUUCCCAAGGAGGUCUGCAUUAAGUGCAUAACAGCUGUCAAAAGAAAAAUCCACUUUGGCCUGCCUUAUGAUUCAGGAAAACAGUAACUAUUAACUCUAUAGCAUCAUGCAAGGGUGAAGGCGUGACUGUGCAUUAACUAUCGUAUGUCACUUUUUCAUGUAUAGUGUAUAAGACCACAGUAAGUGGAGAAGAGGCAGAUUAGUAAAAACUAAGAUGUAACUUCAUUUUAUACACAUGCAAUGUCAGUUCUUUAAAAGUCAUUGACUUGGAAGCAUGUACAGAAAUAUGCACUUGAAUGUGCAGGCUUCCUGAGAAGCUGUCUUGGAAAACUGAAUUGCUCAUUUAUUUUGUAAUUUAAUGAUUCUAAUGCCACUUCACUUCAUAUAGAACCAAUUUAUGAGUGAGGUAGGUACCCACAGCAAUAUGCUCAGAAGGAACAAGUGCUGGAGAUUUGUGUCACGCUUCCUAAAUGCUUUCGUUUUACAGGACAGGAAUCAAGAUAAGCUUGUCCGAGUCGUGUUCAAGUGAUACCAGUCCAUCACAGCAAUAGGUUACAGGAAUUCAAGUGCCGUAACCAGCUGUAUCAGUUUAUCUUGAUUCUGACUACUUCAGCAUCAGUGUACAUCUGACCUUUACAGCAGGCUCUGUUAAAGACUCUCUGAACAGUCCCCCCACACAGACACAAUUUGAGCUUGCAUCUGCUACCUGAGAGGACACAUGUCACUUACAAGGCUUAGUAAAAAGCUGCUGAAAUUGUAACUGCCUCUGCCCUUCCUGUCCUCUUUGGUAUGCACUGUAAAGCACAGCCUGCUUGUGGCUCUAGGCUUGCAUGGAAGAAUAGUAGGAAAGCCACUGUUUCUCAUGUAGGAUGUCUCAAUCUUCAGAGGCUUUUUAGAAAGCAAGAUUUCUCUAGAGCAGCUUCAAAGAAGCCCUCUAGUAUGAUAUGAUAACCUGUACUGUCACCUGCUAACAAAAGCUGCUGCCUUCUAUUUCACUGGGUUUUACUUUUAACUGUGAUGGAUGACAUUCUUAACAAAUGCUGAGAAAGAUGCAUGAUGUUUCUUUUAAGACAUGCUGGAAAACUAAAGUCAGGACAGUGCUCUGGGGAACUUAAUCAUGUAUGACAAAUUUGUACAGAAGCGUUAGUUCCAGAGGUAAAUACUCAUUCUGAAAUCAGGCCUUUUCAAAAGUGUAACUGAGUUGCUUACAAAGUGAAACCCUGCCCAAAGCACAACAGAACUUUCACAGAAGUAAAUUCUCAUCUGUAAUUCAUUUAAUAGCUUAAUUUAUUAAACACAUUAUGCAAAAUCUA